CGUUUCUUACCUCGGCCCAUCUCUGGCAAUACUCAAGAGCUUAUACCUAGCAAUGUUCCAGAGGACCACUUAAAAGAGCCUGAUAAGUCUAGCCACAGCGACGAGCAGGAGCCGCUGGUUUACGGAGAUGCUCUGUCACAAGCCUACAUCAACCACCACCAUUUGGCGCUUGGGGUGCGGCAGCGGCUGCUGGCAGCACAGCGCCGCGAGGUCGAGUCUGCAGUCCGCAGUGCAGUUGACACCCCGCCACCCUGCCCGCGGUGCUCAACAGCAGGCAGCCCAGCAGGCUGCCAAAGGUGCCCCGUAACCAUCGUCAUGUGGGAUCAGGCUAUCAGCGUGGAGGUCCCACUGUUCUGGUGCCAGGACUGCAGCUCAAACUACAGCAUCCAGCCCACCGUAGUUGACUGCCUGCCAGACAACCGCACCUUCUGGGAUGUGAGCCGCCGGAUCGGCGACAACGCCGUGCUGUGGUGGCACCGGACCGUCCUGCAGCAGUACCACCAGCUGACUUGCCUCUUGAGGCGUGUCAGCGCUGAUGGGUUCUGUGCAGCCAUGCUUUCCAACUGGGAGAAAAACGGUGUGCCCUGCCCCUCGUCCGUGCCAGUCAGCUCUCUCCGGAAGCGCAUGCACCUUGCACAGCUUGCGUACGCUCACCUGCAGAGCCUCUAAACAGACUUUCCUGAAGGCCUCCCAGGCUGCAGGGCCAGCAGGGGCGCUGAGCUCGCGCCCUAGCUGUGGUGACAGCAUCUCCUGCAGCUGCCCUUUCCAGCGGGUUGCGGCAGGUGGCAGGGGCGGCGCAGCACCUGCUGUUGCGUUACCAACAGCAGCAGCAGCGGGAUUGAAUGACGCUGCUGCUGGCGGCGCUGGAAGUGGCGGGGACGGGGUGGGCGCAGCAGCAGCCACACCCGGGCCUGUUGACGCCAGCCAUCAGCAGGAACGCAAUGAGUCCUCUUGAUGCAUGAUUCCAUUCGGCGCCAUCUUGAGGGUUCCAUACAUGACGCAUUCAUAAGGCAUUGUGUCGCAUUCAGCAAAACGCAUCGUGGGAAGGUUGGUGGGUCGGGUUGAGAGUACAGCAGCGAGGACAACGUGUGAAGUGGCUUGGCUUUGGUUGCUUGGGGGUUCACGGUUGGAGGAGAGGUGAAAGGGAGGGCCCUGAAUUAUGUCCCUAUCGCGGGGUGGGGUUAGGUGGCAAUAGCGAUCCUACCUUCCUGCUCGAAAUAUUGGUAAGGGUAAAUAGGUAACCGGGGCAGCGUUUAGCAUUUCAGGUAAAAGGCACGGUUUGUUUGGCAGCCGGGAGGGGCCCUGGGGGACGCAGUGAGUUUUGAUGAACGCGAGUACGUUGGUGGCUUUUGAUUUCGCUUAAUGAUAGCUAACGUCGCAUUACUUAGCCGAAGCUACCCUUCCACCAGUCAGGCAUAACGCAUCGUCGCCACCCCAUACGAUGCGACGCAACGCGACUUUCACCUCAGGGAUCACCAAGUGAC